GCUUUCGACUUUACUGUUAGCUAGCACAACAAAGCCGUCUCCAUAAUCACAUCAACAAUAGGCCGCAUCAAUGCCUCCAAAGGGAAGCAAACAAUCGGCGCCUGCAUUGGCGCCCUCGCCUGCCGCCGACUCGCCCGUACCCCCCACCGUCACAACACCCCGGGGCAAGACGUACGACACGACGGCCGCUGCAGGUCGCCCUAAGCGCAACAUUGCUACGACCAUGCCCCCACCCGAUCCACCUAGCGCAAAGAGAGCUAAGCGUGUCAGCACCUCGUCGGCUUCGGAAGUCACCCCUAAAAGACGCGGUCGUCCACCUAAGGCCCUUGCUACCACUACACCAAAGUCGGCCCCUACGGCCACUCCCAAGACCACACCCAAGGCCUUUAGGGUUGGUGAAAGGCAGAGUGCUAGAUUGGCUUCCACUCCUGCCAGUGAGACGUCCUUGCCCACAGUCACAAGACGUAGAGGUCCUGCCACUACAAAGUCCACCAAGAGUCGUGUUACCAAGUCUGCUCUGCCACCCAUCAAGCGCGGUAGAGGCAGACCACCAAAGGCUAAGAAGCCGGUCCCCACCGCCUUGGAUGACAACGAAGCCGAAGACGCUAAUGACGACGCAAGCGAUGGCAUUGAAUACGACGACCCAACCCAUGAUGCCAACAUCACAGAGGCCACGACUAUCAUCCAGGCCGAUCGCAACUAUUGGCUCAUGAAGGCCGAGCCUGAGUCUCGCAUCGAGAAGAAUGCCAACGGCGACGAUGUCGAUGUCAAAUUCUCCAUUGACGACCUACGCGCUCGCACCGAGCCUGAACCAUGGGAGGGCAUCCGUAACGCGCAGGCCCAGAACAACAUGAAGGCCAUGAGAGUCGGCGAUCUUGCUUUCUUCUACGAGUCGAACUGUAAGAAGCCCGGCAUUGUCGGUGUCAUGGAAAUCGUCAACGAGGCUACCCCUGACACCCACGCCUUCGACAAGCACAGUGCCUACUACGACCCCAAGUCUAAUCCUGCAAAGCCCAAGUGGAUCCUUGUCCACGUCGAAUUCCGUCGCAAGUUCGACGAGAAGUAUACGCUCAAGGACCUUCAGAAGUUUUCUCGGCCCGGAGGCGCACUUGCCGGCAUGGAGCUUUUUAAGCAAUCGCGCCUUUCCGUCACCAAGGUCGCCAAGCAACAAUGGGACUUCAUCAUGAACCAGAUCGGUGAAGACGAACAGGACUCGUUCGGCGCAGAGCUCGACGAAGCCGACAUGGGUGACGAGGAUAUGGAAGACCUCGAGGCCUCGACAAACUCAGACCGCAUCGACGAAGACAUGGGAAAUGACUUCGCCGCUGCCUUCGAAGCUCCCGCUAACCUCGGCACCACUCCUGAAACCGAUGAGUCCGCACCCGACCCUGCCGCCAAGGAGAUCCCUGAUGUUGUCGACCAGCUGUCCGCUCAUGCCCUGGGUACUCCUGCUCCUACACCCGCCGAUAGAAGCGUCUCUCGUGGUCGUUCCAGAAGACAAGCUUCUAUGCCCGCUGGAAAGGCUCCUCCUGUGCACUCUGCUGCUCUGCCGGCCAAGCACAGCAACGACGCUCCCGCUAAGUAGGACUGAGUUGCGUGCUUCGAUCAAGAUGCAGAUGCUCCCCUAGUCGGGAGAACAAUGCUGCUCUUUUCCCUGCUUGCUUUUACAGAUACCCCUUUUUGUUCUUUUCUGCCUUUACUUUCCCUUUUUUGCCUUUACAUACCACGAGCGAGGCGUUGGGGGUUUACAUGGGAUGGGAACUCUUUUGCAUGCUGCUUCUGCUGCCGAUGGUAGCUCGAUGUCUAUACUGCGUUUCUUUGCCAUCUGCUUUUUCCCGACAAGGUUUGAGAGAAUUCCAUGCAGGAUGAAGAUGAUGCAGAAGAUGGACAAGUACAUACGUAGAUAAUCAAACGUUCAUGGCUAUUGAAAAAGGAGGGUUAAUCAGACCUUCUCAUAUCCAUUACAAAAUGAUUCAAGAACGAUUC